GCCUCAUUAUAUUGGGAACGGAAGCACAACCUUUGCAUCCGGCCAACUUAUUCACCUCACCACCUUGUGUUGUCCACCCGACUUCCGGUCUUCUCGAAGAUAGGAUUCCCCAACAUUAAACUUGGAUCGAGCUAGUAAUCACCACUGUCUGUCCCAUCGCAUUUGAGUGUUCCGCAACAUAUCGUUUGGAGGAAGAACAAGCAACCUACCCCACCUGAUCUCCAAUAUUACCUCUUUCUACACCUGAUCACCAUGACCGACGCCUUAGCCUCUCAGCUGAAUAACACUACUUUGGGGGAUGCGAGCUCAGACGCGAAGUGGAAGGAGCAAUUGAAUGUCCCUGCCAAAGAUGCGAGACCACAAACUGAGGAUGUGACUGCUACGAAAGGCUUGGAGUUCGAAGACUUCUACAUCAAACGCGAACUGAUGAUGGGUAUAUUCGAAGCUGGUUUCGAAAAGCCUUCUCCAAUCCAGGAAGAGACGAUACCAGUCGCUCUUACAGGCAGGGAUAUCUUGGCGCGAGCCAAGAAUGGCACCGGAAAAACAGCAGCUUUCGUUAUUCCUACCUUGGAGCGCAUCAAUCCUAAAAGCACCAAGACACAAGCCCUUAUCCUUGUUCCUACAAGAGAGCUGGCGCUCCAAACGUCACAUGUCUGCAAAACUUUGGGAAAGCACCUCGGUAUCAAUGUUAUGGUCACCACAGGAGGUACCGGCUUGAUGGAUGACAUUAUUCGGCUGAACGACGCAGUCCAUAUCCUCGUCGGGACCCCAGGGAGAGUCCUGGACCUGGCCAGCAAAGGGGUUGCUGACCUCUCCGAGUGUCCUACAUUUGUUAUGGACGAGGCUGAUAAGUUGCUGUCACCUGAAUUUACUCCAGUCAUCGAGCAACUACUAUCAUUCCAUCCUAAAGACCGCCAAGUAAUGCUUUUCAGCGCCACCUUCCCGCUUAUUGUGAAGUCAUUUAAGGACAAACACAUGCGCAAUCCGUACGAGAUCAAUCUCAUGGACGAGCUCACUCUCCGUGGAAUCACGCAGUAUUAUGCCUUUGUUGAGGAAAAGCAGAAAGUCCACUGCUUGAACACACUUUUCUCCAAGUUACAAAUCAAUCAAUCCAUUAUCUUCUGCAAUUCUACCAACCGUGUCGAGUUGCUCGCUAAGAAGAUAACGGAACUGGGUUAUUCUUGCUUCUACUCCCAUGCCAGAAUGCUUCAGCAGCAUCGCAAUCGGGUGUUCCACGACUUCAGGAAUGGUGUUUGCCGGAACCUUGUUUGCUCGGAUCUGCUAACUCGAGGUAUUGACAUUCAAGCCGUCAAUGUUGUCAUAAAUUUUGAUUUUCCGAAGAACGCCGAGACUUAUCUGCACCGAAUUGGUCGAUCUGGCCGCUUUGGGCAUCUUGGUCUUGCUAUCAACCUUAUCAAUUGGGAAGACCGGUUCAAUCUAUAUAAGAUUGAACAGGAACUUGGAACUGAGAUCCAGCCUAUUCCACAAAACAUCGACAAGAAGCUUUAUGUCUAUGACUCACCGGACACAAUUCCACGCCCUAUUGCCAAUCCAUCCCAGCCCCAGAUUACUGCCCAAGCUGCGAAUGCAAACAUUGGUGAGCGUCGUCACAACCACCAUAUGAAUGGUGGGCAGUACCAAUAUGGUAGGGGCCGGGGCUCUUAUCGCGGAGGUCGUGGACAAGGCCAGCGUCGCAACAUGCAGAACGAAACCAAGUUUGGCACUCAAGGACAGUCGAGCGGCAAGUCCCACCCAACGCAAGUGUCAUAGACAUAGGAUCAUGUGCUUCUCUGUCUCUUAUCUUUCCACUUUUUACUCAUAUCUUGCAUGUUUCCUUGCCAUUCUAUCAUAUUUCAAGUUCAUUGUUCUGUUAGCUUUCUUUUCUCUCCCCCCCCCCCCCAACCCCCUCUUGUUCUUUUCUCUUCAACCUCU